GAGUACCUAUUAUUGUACUCCAGGCCCAAUCCAAUAAAUGGGCUAAAAAUCCAGCUUAAAAAAAGCGCACUAGAAUUUAUUUCGUGAAAUAACAAAUAACCAAAACGAAAUAACAUAAAAACAUACCCUUAUAUAUAAAAAUCCGGAGGAAAAGCAGAUCUAUUUUUCAGUUUCAAAAAAUCAUUCUUCUUUUUUCUCUCACUAUUUCACUAUUUGAAACUCUUGAAAAUUCUUCAAUUGCAUCCAUCGAAGACAAAAAUUCUCCUCAAGCAUGCCCAAAACUAACCUAAAAUACUUUAAACGACAUCAAGAGAAAUCUGGUGUAGGAGAUGAUAAUGAAGAUGGAGAUAAACAAUGUGCAGCAAAGUUGAAAAAACAGAAGAGAAAAACUAACAAUGAUGAUGUUGAGAAUGAGCAAGAGCUGCCUAAAAAAAGAGGGUAAAACAAGUAGCAAGAAAGAAAGGAAGCGUGUCUAGAAAAAUGGCUUUAGUAAAUAAGCAGAAUUCUACAGAAAUUGUUACCAAAGAAACCCCUAUCAAAACAGAAUGUACAAAACGGAAAGCGAUAAUGGAGCCUAAAGAGAAGAAAAGAAAAAUAAAUGAAGUUGUAGAGGUAAAUGAUGGUGAAAGUGAGGAGGAUGAAAGUGUGAAAAUCAAGCGAGAGUUAGGUACAUGUCUUAGGAUCAAAGUUCCUCCUGUUCAAUUCAUGACUGUUUUAGAUAUGAUAAAGGGGAAUAAGGAGUUUAUUGAAGAAGAGGAUGAAGAAGAAAAGAAGAGAAGGAGGAAAGAGAACAAGGAAAAAAAAGAUAAAGGUAAAAAAGUUGAGAUGGUUAUAGAAAGAACCAAAAAAAAGAUUUUCUUAACCGAUAAAGAAGGCAAGGCAAAUGCUAUAAAGGACAUGGGAUUUGGUCAGUUUUUGGAUCUUAGUUUACCUUUGCACAACACCUCAUUUGGGGCAAACUUGGUGAACAGCUUUAAUCCUGAUGGUUGCAAAAUCUUUCUUCAACAUAAUGAGGUGUUGAAGAUACAUAUGUUUAGAGGAUGUUAUUAGGGUGCAUGGAUUUCCUAUGAAGCCUAAUCUGGAAGAUAUUAUUGAAAAUGAAACUGAAUUUGAAGUUGAAAAAAGAGAUGAAUGGAGUUUGUUUCUUAAGAAUUGGAGGAGUUUUUGUGGAACACAUGAAAGCAGCCCUAUGAACAAAAGGCUGAAUAUAAGGUUGAUUGAAGCCCCUCUAAGUGAUAUGUGGAGAAUGAGCUUUAUUUGUGCAUUGCUCAACACUUGCAUAAGAUCAAACCAAAACAACUUAGUGAGGUAUAAGUUCCUUUAUAAGUGCAUGGAUUUAAAGAAUGUCAAAAACUUGAACUGGAACAAGUUUGUUUUGACUAGCUGUUUGAUCAGUGCAACUCAAGAAUGGAAAGCAAAAAAGGAUGGAUACUUCACAGGACCAUUUCCAUUCCUACAGAUAUGCUAUUUUGAUAGAGUUAAAAGGCAAUUGAAAGAAGAGCCAAGAAGAAUUCCUUUGAUUUCUGUUUGGAAUGAAGAAAGAAUCAAGAAUCGAAUAGCAAUUGAAGAAUUACAUGGGUUUGGAAAGGGAGAAAUUCUAUGUUUGAUAGAAGAAGACAAGACAGUUGGAAGAGCUUGUAUAUAUCUCCUUAGCAUAAAUAACUUUCAUUCAUUACAGGGUAGCUUUUAUAAUAGGUGCACAAUAUUCCCUUGUAUAUAUCUCCUUAGCAAGCAAGAGCAAUCUAACCUCAGCAAAUGCAAGAUAUCGAUUACCAUUUGAAAUUUCAAAA